AUGUCGAUACUCACUUCUCCAAGAGGAAAGACAGAAGUGGUUCAUUGCCGAAGAACUGAAUCACAGGAUAUUUAUUGUAUCAAAAACCUCAUUAGAAAAUUCACCCAGAAGCUGUUUGGGAGACUUAACAUCAUCUAUCUUCUAGAAAAAGCAAACCUUGCUGUUACCCUCUGCAAUGACAAGGAAGAGAUCAUGGCCCAGGCCACCUUUGUGGACUAUCCCAACUGGAACAUUGCCAGGCAGGACAAUUGGGUGUCAGUGUUCCGGGAGCUUGACAGUGACAUCCCGUGCACACCUCUGAACACACUUUUCAUGCACCUCUUUGUGGCUGUGGAUGAGUAUUCCGUUGGCUGCUGCAAAGAGAUUAUUCGGACUGUGUUUAAAGCAGUGCCAGAACUCCACUUCAUGUUCCUCAUAGUUCCAUCCUACAUGAGCUUAGGCUCAACUCUAAUAACUGUUUUUGACCAAGUGGGGAAUGUCCCAUCUCUGACAUUUGAGGAGGACUUUGCCGUGUACAUAUGUCACAGGCACAACCAUUAUCCUCAGCUGCAUGUUCGUGAGGCCAGGGUGGAAGAUCAUGAUGAUCUCGUGCCAAUAUUUAUGCGCCAUGACACAAUUCUGAAGGAAACCUAUGGUGAAUACUUCCUGGCUGAACUAAUAGAGGCCCAAGAUGAAGAGAAUCAUGCUGUUGUGUGUGAGGUGGAAGGCAUAGCUGUUGGGUUCAUGAGUGUGUGCUCGAGAGUGAAUAUGCAACUACUGCACGAGUGCUUUGACUUGAGGCCUUUCCAUGGACUCUGCAACCCACAUCCUGAUGAUAUCCUGGAGCCACCACGAGAACUAAGUGUCCAAGGAAGUAAAGAUGCUGAGCUCAAGAGUAGCAGCCAGGAUUUCCAGAAAGCCACUGAGGAGCACCAGGAAACUAUCUCCCCUGAUGUAAUGGAAAGCAUCCAGGGAAAACUUGCUGAGGAAGCCAUUACCGAGGAACAUCUAUCGACAAUUCAAAGUGAAUAUGGUAGUGACAAUGAGGACAUAGAAAGACCCAGUGAAAUUUCCAUUGCUGAGGAGGUAGAAUAUGAGAUCUACAGCAAGAGUUCAACAUCUGUCUUACUAGAAGAGGAGCCCGGCAUUUUCCACCCCACCUACAGGGGAGCAUCAGCUGCUUUUUGUAUUCAGCUGUUUUGUAUUGAUGAGAAACAUGAAGCAAGGUCGCUGGACUUUAUGGAUUUUGUUUUUAGUCUUUUUCCUGACAAGAAUUUUUGCAUAAUUUCUCUGCCCCACCUCACUCCUGAGUUUGUCCUCAUCCAGAACUUCGUGAGGAUGGUCCCCUUCAAUAACUGCACCCUCAAACAGGAUCUCUAUGUCUUCCAUCGGGCUGGACUACUCAAGUCUAUUAACAUAAGAUUAGCCACUGUCUUGGAUACUCCUGGUGUUGAAAAUCUCAUCAGUACCCUCAUGCUGAAUAAAAGCAUAUUGGAUGAUUUAAACCAAUAUAAUAUGGCUUGUAGAGACCCUGAUGGAACACCAUUGCAGGCAUUUGUAGCUGAAGUUGCAGAACAAAUAGUUGGCAUUGCAGUGAUAAGAAAUGAAAUGGAUAUUGAGUACAUACGGUCACAUUACAAUAUUGAAGAUUUCAUAUACUUCAGUCACCACCAGCAUGAGGAACAUGGGCACUUGUAUCACUUUGCCCUGAACCCCAUUUUCCGGCACUACACCAAGUUUUUUCUGAAAGAGAUUCUUCGUAUAGGCUUUAAGUCCUGUCUUUACUAUCCUGUCUACCCAAACUGCAGGAGCAGCAAGCUCCAGAGUCCCUACGCCCACUCCCUGACAUCUGCCCUUCAUUACUUGGUUCCCGUGCGACCACGACGACAGAUUGUCUAUCCUCUGGAAAAGCUUGGCAUGAACGCUCCAUCAAAGGAGGUCUCCAAGGAUCUGUUGAGUUAUGCCUUGAACCACACAAAUAGAAAACUAACGUUGGAACCUAAAAUAACUGUCAAUGCCAAGAUUGUUGUGGUUGGAGCAUCCAAUGUUGGAAUUUCCUUCUUAGAGACACUGGUAUUUUGUCCACACCUGAAGUUUAAUAAUCUCACCCUGAUUUCAACCCAUGGACUUCCAGGAAAAAACCUUCUGGCCACUGAACAAAGAAGGUUUUUAGCAAGCGACCACUGUUUUAAUGAUAAAGAUUAUGCACUGAUGUCGCUUUGCUCCUGGGUUAAUGUUGUGGUUGGUAGGAUGACCAGCAUAGACCGAGUUGCCAAGCAUGUCAUGGUGUCUGAGGGAGAAAUCGUGCUUUAUGACCACCUCAUCCUGUGUACCGGGCAACAGUACCAGGUCCCAUGCCCUACGGGGGCUGAUAUUCGUCAACAUCUGACCAACAGAGAGAUUCCCAACAGUGGUAAGCAGCGGUACACUGACAUAGUUCCUUGCAAUCAUUUCACUCUCAAUGAUGAGGAAGAUUGUUCUAAGGCCCUGGCUUGGAUUAAAAACAACUCCAUCACUACAGAAGGGAAUGUCAUUGUCUAUGGCAAUACAAUCGACACUUACACCACAGUGGAAACGCUCUUAAACCUUGGUGUGAGAGGCUCCAGCAUCCACUUCGUGCAGCUCCCAUCCACCUCCAUCAUCACCUGUAUCAACAACUACUCAGUGAAAAGUGCAGUGGUAGAUGCACUCAGAGAAGCUGGAGUUACUAUCUACCAGGAUGCACUCCUGGCACAGUGGAACGACGGCCAGUACCCCGACCCCAUCAAAUGUGCCAGUUUCACCACACCCACCAAGCCUUUCAGACUUCAAUGCUCCAUGUUCUUCAGCUUCUGUGAAAAAAACGUGGAUUAUGAAACUUUUAAAGCAUUCAAUGAUGCAUGUCUUGUCUAUGAUGGCCGACUUGUGAUUGAUACCAACUUCCACACCAAUGACAUAGCCAUCAGAGCUGCUGGGUCCCUCACCAAAUUCUCCAAUCGAUACUAUUCCAAUGAGUGGACUCACAGCAACUUCAAUUCCAAAGAAAUUGGCUUUCAGCUUGCAGCAGCUAUGCUUAGUCUCUUUGAUCCAACCCUGGAGCCUAUGACUGAGCCACCAGCUGAUCUUGAUCGACUCAUUCCCAUGUACAAGGGACCUAAGAUCCAAGGUGGCAUUCUUCCUGGGUCUUACCAUUAUCUGCACAUUGCCAAGCCUGCUAUUCCAACUCCCUUGGAGGUACAGAUGUCUCAGCCUGAUUUUGGCUUAGAAAUUGUUACAGGUAAUGCAAAAAAUGGGAAUUACUUCAGAGUUCAUAUUAACAAGUACAAGAUGGUAGAAACCAUCACCUGCCUUUCUAAGGAACCUUUCCCUGCCUCCAACUACAUCCGCCUGUUUGGCCAACAUGAGCAAGUCCUCAAUAACUUGUGUGUUCGAUACGAGGAUGAACUGAUCACAGAUCUCUAUAGCUACUUCAUGGAGCCGUGGUGCAUGGCCCUCUUCCAUGAUCGUUUUAUUGAUCUCAGGAAAGAGUUACGCCAAAUCUUAACCUCCAAGGAGGAGGAAGACCUUCCUUCCAUAGAACAGCUAGCUCAUCAGAUUGAAGAUGAAGAAAUAAACCUGCCUGAGAAGCCCCAGAAAUAUCUCCAGCGGGUUUUCGAGGGAACCAUCUACAAAGCCCUGGUGGAGAAGAGCAUCCUUGACUACUUACACUACAAUCAUUACCAUCUGCCCAUGUAUGCAUGGCCAGGCAUCAUUUAG